AUGCAGGCCUCCGUGUUCCUUGCCUUCACAACCAUUGUGAGGGCUGGAAACAUUUUUGGCGGUGGCCAGCAGUAUGGCUUCCAAGGCGCCGGUUUUCAAACUGGGGGUUUCCGACGACCACUAUACACUGCAGCUGCUACUCCUGGGUUCUCGGCUGCUGGUGCCUCCUACCCUCCCCAACCCUACAGCUUCGGCUACGACAAUACGGAUGAAUUUGGCACCCAGCUCUUCCACAAGGAACAAGGGGACGCCAACAACGCAAAGACUGGUUCGUACGGUUACCGCGACGCAAACGGAAUCUUCCGCACAGUGAACUACGUGGCCGAUGCCAACGGAUUCCGUGCCACUGUGGACACCAAUGAGCCCGGCACCGCUGCAGGUGCGAGUGCAGACGCCGUGUUCAACGCGAACCCUGUGGCGGCACCUGCAGGAGCCGGUGGUCGCUAUGCCGGAGCGGGUGGUCCCUGGGCUGGCUAG